UGAUGGUUAUGGGACCUCGGACGGUCUAGAUAGCUGAAGCGGAUUCAGUUGGGUUGUUUUGUCGGGGGCUCCUUCAACCCAACAAAUCCCAGAGAAAGGACUACAACUCUUACCUUUCCUGCCCACGGGGAGAUCAUGGCUCGGGCCCCCAGCGCUAGAGGGCCACUUUUGGUUCUGCUUUUGCAGCUUGUCCUUAUCUGCUCUGCUCAAAGGAACCAAGGACCUCCAGGCCCUCCUGGACCUGCAGGUGUCCCUGGAGUUAAUGGAGUUGACGGGGAGAGGGGAGUGGAUGGCGAGGAUGGAGUUCCUGGACCUGAUGGAGAUGCAGGUAAACCCGGCUCUUCAGGAUUACCUGGAAUUCCUGGAAAUGAUGGUUUGAUCGGCCCUAUUGGAGAUCCAGGGCCCGACGGUCCCCCAGGACAGAAAGGUGAACCUGGAAAGCCUGGACCUCGUGGAACAGCUGGUGUUGGGCCAGAUGGACCCCCUGGACCACCUGGGCCUGGAGGACUUCUGGGUGAAGUGGGAAAACCUGGACCACUUGGGUCCAUAGGUGUGAGAGGGCCACAGGGACCUCGUGGACCAACGGGGCCCAGAGGUGCAGCUGGGAUGCAAGGCAGUGCCGACCUGUGUCCAGACUCUUGUCCACCUGGGGCCUCUGGACAUCCUGGCCUUCCUGGCAUGAAGGGCCACAAAGGUGUAAAAGGUGAAGCAGGAGAACCUGGGAAACAAGGGCACAAGGGUGAGGAGGGGGAACAGGGAGGUCCAGGGGAGGUCGGAGCCCAAGGACCAACGGGUCCUCAGGGAAUUCGUGGAGCCAUGGGAAUGAUGGGCCUCAAGGGAGAGAUGGGAGCUCGAGGUCCUGAUGGAGAUCCAGGUCCCCAGGGUGUUGCAGGGGCAACUGGGGAUCAUGGCCAGAGAGGUGUGAUGGGUGAGCCUGGGCCUAAAGGUGAAAUGGGUGCUCAAGGGGCAAGAGGAAUCUCAGGUCUUCCAGGUCCCAAAGGAGAGGCUGGCUUGCCGGGUGUAGAUGGUCGUGAGGGAAUACCUGGGAUGCCAGGAGCAAAGGGAACCAUUGGGAAGCCAGGCGUUCCUGGAGAGGUCGGACUUCAGGGGCUUCCUGGUUUGCCCGGUUCACCUGGGCCAAAAGGCUUGAGCGGCCCCAAGGGAGAUUCUGGUCAGCCAGGCCUUCCUGGGACAAUGGGACCUGCUGGCAAAGCAGGUGAGCGCGGAGAGCAGGGGGAGGUGGGACCCUUCGGACCUAUUGGUGAACCUGGAGCCAUAGGAGAGCAAGGCCCUGUGGGUUCACGUGGCAAGCCAGGUGCCAGGGGACCCAAAGGUGAUCCCGGCCUUCCUGGUCUCCCUGGUCCUUCUGGCCUGCCCGGGGUGAAGGGAGAGAGGGGAGAACGUGGAGAGCCAGGACCCAAAGGAGAGCAGGGAGUACAAGGUGAUGAGGGAAACCCUGGAGACAAAGGAGAUACUGGUGAGUCAGGAGAGCCUGGACCUAAAGGAGAGGUUGGUAACCCUGGUGAGCCUGGCAAAAGAGGUCCUGAGGGAAGUCGAGGCCAGCCAGGCAUCGAGGGGCCAGCCGGUACACCUGGACCACGGGGUAUGCAGGGGAACAGGGGUUCACCUGGAGUCAGAGGGUCCCAGGGUCCUGCGGGUAAAGAGCCAAGCGAUCAGCACAUCAAACAAGUUUGCAUGCGAGUCAUGCAAGAACAGCUGGCCCAGUUAGCUGCUAGUUUAAGAAGGCCAGAGUCUGGUGUAGCUGGUUUACCUGGAAGACCUGGACCUCCAGGACAACCUGGGCCUCCAGGAGACAAUGGUUUCCCUGGGCAGGCUGGAUCAAGAGGCCUCCCAGGACUUAAGGGGCCACCAGGAAUGCUUGGAGCAAAAGGACCCAAAGGUGAAAUGGGAGACAGAGGCGCCAGAGGGCCUACUGCGCGAGGACCUAAAGGUCAGCCAGGACCUCCUGGACUUCCUGGUGAGCCAGGCAAGCCUGGCUACGGUCAGGACGGUCGCGAUGGGCAGAGGGGACCUCCUGGCAUUCCUGGAAUGCCCGGUGUCCCUGGGCCUCCAGGUGCAGCUGGUCCCAACGGUUACUGUGACCCAUCAGCAUGCAACCUCCAGCCGGGGGCCGCCCACCAGUCUCUGGAUGUGAAGGGACCUGCAGGGAACUAAGAGCCACUCUGGCAGAGACAGAAAGACUGUUGGAUUAACUUCCCUGAGCACACAACAUUUUUCACACUUUCUUCCCAGGGGCUGCGGCUGGUAUGGUGCCUUCCAUCCAUUAACCUCUAGUCUUGUGAGCAUGUUUUGUGCCAGCCACAUCUCCGUCAGAAGGAGCCAGCUUCUUCAUAAAAAACACAAAACAUUGUUUUUUUUUUAUGAGCUGCAAAAAUCUGUCUUGUUCUGGUGUUUUUCUGUCUGAGAGAUGUUUUGAUCUUUUCAGGAAGGUGUGCUCACAUUUCUGAAAUGAAACGAAACGACCAUGUUUGUGGCAAUGUUUGUUUAUCCCACUCUCCUUCUACCUUGUUGGCCAUUUACAGUUUUUACCACAUAAAACCUCCUCCACAUUACCACAGAACAUUUCAAAUUAUCACCCAAAUCAAAUCAGGGUCAGGACGUCUCAUUCAAGUGCCUUUUUCAAACAUUUUGUUCUGUAUGUGCUAAUUUACCAAAGAUUAACCUGCUGAAACCCAGUUUUUAAAUAUGAAAAUUCCAUGUCUGACUGUCUUUAGCCCCGCAGUUCAAAAUAAAAAGGAGAGAGGAUGAAAAUGUCAUCAAGUCACACUGACUUCAGUUUGUUGAAAGUGUUGUAAAUCUGUAUAAAAAAUGUUUUAAUUGUGGUUAAUUAUAUUUCCUACAAAACAACCUGAUGUGAGAUUUUGCCUCAUUGUACAGAAUGACAACACAGUGCAGUCGUGCAUAUGUGAAAAAAUAUUUUCACAAAGAGGGAGACCCUCAUUAAUGUUACAAAUAAAGAAAACAACACGACUUGUUAAUUUA